GCAUUGAAGGAUUACUUGUUUUUUAUCUCUUUUCUCGGUUCCCGUAAAAAUCUCUCAAUCUCUUUUACUAAGAAACAAAAAAGAAUGUCGUGCUGCGGAGGAAACUGUGGCUGUGGCGCUGGCUGCAAGUGCAGCGGCGGCUGUGGCGGAUGCAAGAUGUACCCCGAGUUGAGCUACAGCGAGAACACCGCCGCUGAAACUCUCAUUCUCGGUGUUGCACCACCCAAGACGACAUACUUGGAAGGGGCCGGUGAGGAGGCUGCAGCUGAGAACGGAGGUUGCAAGUGCGGACCUGACUGCAAGUGCAAUCCCUGCAACUGCAAAUGAGGCGGUGUUUUUAACAAAACAAGCAGAGAUGAUGACUAAAUAAUAAUCACUAGAAAUGUUUUAGCGUGUCGGUUGUCGGUUUGUCAGCAUCUGUCGGGGGGACGUAGUAGUAGUAGUAGUAGUAGUAUAAUAUCUUCUGUCAUCCUAUCAUCAUCUGAUCUUUAUGAUGAUGAUGGGUCACGGGAGUCUCCUGUAAUAAAGUGGCCAUGGAUUCCCAGUGGUUGCUUUGGGUGUCCCUUCUUCUGUGUGUAUUAAUUUUAAGGCAGUAACCUGUGCGUUGCUGGUACUGUUUGUUCCUCUGCUUGUCUGUAUGUUGGUGGUCAGGAAGGGAGUUUUUGAGUAUGAUCAAAGCCUAAUGAAAACUCUUUUGUUUUGUA